CCGCAGUCUGCAAUGAGUUGAUGGGUUUUCUUGGGAGUCGACGAAAUUCUUCAUUCAUCAACAUCACUAUGAGCAGCACCCUGGCUACCUACCUAGGUAAAUGUCUAGCUAUGGCAGAACGAGGUUUGCCGUCCAUACACUUCAGCUGCAGGUGACCUUCACGACCAUCGACUCCACGAUCGGCUUCUGUCGAGCUUGUACUUACCUUACACGACAUGAUGUAACCAGUAGAAAACGUCAUGAUUCAUACAAUGACCGCGACUUGCGACCCCGGAUUUGACUUCCUCGCCCCUGGCAGCUAGCUAAAAUGAUGUCGAGCUCGCGCCUAGGAAUGUUUGGGUCGCUUUCCUCCGAAUAGCUAACUCCCACAUUCUGCAGCUUCAAGUUUACCCGGCCAAAAUUGCAGGACUUUUCUUAGUGACUCUCAAAGAGAUAUUCUUCGGCACCCUAGCUUCUUCAGCCAACAUGGGCUUACCAAAUCAGCAGUCGAGCAAGGAGAUGAUGAAGAACAAAAAUGUGGCUGGCGGGCCCCUAGCGAUGCUCACGAAAGACUAUCCUGUUGGACACUACCGCGACGGCUACUGCAGAAGCGGACCGGAUGAUUCAGGGAACCAUUCUGUAGGGGCAACUGUCAGCAAAGAGUUUCUGGACUUCACAAACUCCAAGGGAAACAAUCUGGCAAAGGCCGGUGUCAAGGAUGGCAUGAGGUGGUGUCUAUGUGCUAGCAGGUGGAAAGAAGCAUUCGAUGCCGCGCAGAAAGGUGAAUUGGCCCAGUCAGCAGUACCGAAGGUCCAUCUUCACGCGUCGCACGACCGAGCUUUGGAUGUCCUCAAGUAUCAAGACCUGAAAAAGUACUCUCAUGGUGGAGAGGUACCAGCCGGUCAAACCAGGAAUCGACAACCAGACCACGAAUCGCCAGAGAAGCCUGGAGGUGUGGCCAAGGAGUCUACUGAGAUUAGUGGUCAAUCCGAGACAACAGGAGGUUCGGGCGUUAGAACGGAUCCCAAGAACAACAAAAACAGCAAGAGUGAGGUGGGAAGAUAUGAGAAGUAGCUGUAGGUGGUCAUGGCUGUCACACGAAGAUACCUCCAUACGGUCGGUCGCAUGCUUCAAAUAUGCACCAUCUGUAUAUAUGCUCCGCCGGUGAGAACAUUGCCGAGGAUGUGGAAAAGCGCAACGCAGCCUCAGAGGCCUCCAAAUAUGAGUAUAAUCACCCGUCAAUAAAAC